AGGACUAAGUAUAUAUACGGGCCGAGAAGGGAGUAGAUUGCGAUUCACGGAUACUUACUAAUACUUGUAAAAGUAUAAUAAAGUUUACUGGUGUUGAUUUAUUCUGCCGUUUUGGCGCAAACUGCAGAGCUCAUCAGUCAUCAGUCAUCACUGCUCGUAAUAAAAGCUAGGUUAUACAAUACCGGCUUACAAUUCGUAUCGCUAUCUUACCUCGCUGCGUUAAUAAAUGUAUAGUUAAAUCACAAAUGCAAUUUUUAAACGACGAAAUGCUUCAAGUAUAUGGGAUCGUAAUGUGAGAAAUCAACGCUUCUUCCUCGAUCUUUAGUGCAUACCCAACCUCUGUUACGUUGUAUACACACAUAUGCAAAUUGUAGUACCUACUGACCCCGCAAUUUAAUUUGUCAAGAUAUCAACAAAGAAACAAUGUCUACAGGACAAGUAAAAGGUGCUUUUGCUUGGGAUUUUGAAUGGACGAUUAAUUACGAGUGCCUUUCUGAUAAAAAUGUGGGAGAUAUGUUGAAAUCUCCAGUGUUCACAACAUCAGAUUUGCGUGAUUCUUACAAGUGGCAGCUUUGCCUGUAUCCAAAAAGUGACUGCGAAAAAAACAAAGACUUUUUUUCGCUUUAUCUGACACUUCUAAGCAAUGUCCCAUUCAAAAUAAAAGCAUCAUUGUCAAUUGUCACUAAAAGGGAUAGAAAAGUAGAAAAAUCAUUUGAACGUGUUAUGAAUAACUCUGAUGUAUCAGAUUCUCGGGAAUAUAAAAAGUUUGUGAAACGUAAUUUGAUUGAAAAAUCAUCAAAGACACUUCAUGACAACACCAUAAAGAUUGGUUGUAAAAUUGUUGUAUAUCGUAACGGGGAAGCAAAUAAUAUCCAAACGACGAAUGUCCUUAAAGAGCUUCAACGAUUGAGUACUGAUUUUGAGCAGUUAAUAGACAACGAAGAGUUAAACAAUAUUGAGUUUACAAUAGAAGGUAAAAAGUUGCGUGCCAACAGAAGCAUACUUGGUAAAAGAAGCCGCACUUUUGCUGCCUUGUUCAAUAAUGAGAUAAGCCAAAAGCGAGAAAGAGAGAUAGAAAUUACAGACAUUAGAUACGAGGUUUUUUUGAAAAUGAUGCACUACAUUUAUACCGGAAAAAUGAACGGCAUUGAAAAUAUAGCCAGUGAGCUUCUCACUGCAGCUGAUAAAUAUUGUCUGGAUGGACUCAAGCUGAUGUGUGAAAAAAGUCUUUGUCAUGAUGUGAAAACUGAAAAUGUCUUAGAUAAUCUUCAACUGGCUGUUCAACAUGGCUUAGAAAGUUUAAAAGCAAAAACCCUGGAAUUUAUUGUUACUCAAGCAGUUGACGUUGUCACCAGGUCAGAAUUUCGACAAUUACCUUACGAUAUUGUAUGCGAUGUUUGUUUUGCUCUGGCUUGCAAGAAAAAAUAGUUUUACAUCGAGAUGCAUGAAAACACUACGAAUCCUAGUUUCAAAAACUAUAAAAAUAUACUUUAUAAUUGCUUUAUAUUCAAGAACAAUUGUAACUACUGUUUUUAGUAAUGUGUAUGUUUACAAGUUAUAAGUUAACAAGAUCUUUUACACACAGAUACAGAAGAUUUACUGAUAGUAAAAACAACUUCUUUUGUAAUCAGUGAUAGUUAUAAGCAUUGAAGCCUUGUGUUUUAAGAAGAAUAAAUUUCUUUUUAAUUUUCAUUAA